UUUCACAAACAUGUCUUCUCGUGAAACAACUAUGUUAGUCCUAAUGGUUACAAUUUCUCUACUUGUACCAUCCCUCCUUUGUUUAAUAUGUAUAGUUUGUCGAUUGCAUCUUGAUGCCAUCCGCCGGCGUCAGCUCCAGGUUCUCGAGGCAACAUCAACGUUGCCUCGAGAAUCCUCUGUGGUAGUAAAUCUACCUACUUCGGGCCUUGAUGAUUGCAUGAUUCAAUCGUACAAAAAGGUAGUCCUUGGUGAAAGUCUACGACUUCCCGGUCUUAACUCACUAACUUGCCCAAUAUGCCUAGUUGAGUACAUUCCUGGAGACUCAAUCAGGAUCAUACCUGUGUGCCAACACUGCUUCCAUGUCCAGUGUAUUGAUGGAUGGUUGAAGAUGAAGUCUACCUGCCCCGUUUGCCGGAAUUCUCCGCCUGAUCAUCGCGAAAACGAAAAAGCUUGACCAAUUGUAGUCGAUGCAAUAAUUGAUAUUAUCGAAGAAUGUGGUUUCAUGGUUAGAUUGCUUCUAAAUUCUUAACCAGAGGUCUCAGUUAACGCUUUGAAAAUGAAAAAUAUUAUUAAUUGUUAGUUGCCCCCUCUUGUCAACUAAAUUUGAGUCGAUGUACAUGAAUUUGCUUUUCAAUAUGAUUAGGUCUAUGAGUUGGUAGACAAAGGGUUGGUCAA